AUGCCAGCAACCAACAACGCACCGCUCGAUGCAGCGUGCCUUUCUGAUUUACAAUACUCCCAGCCCUCUACACGCAUCACUUCUACAUCACAUCUCUAUCUUGACUCCCACGUCAAACACUUCUUACGGUAUACUGCCACAAUCGAACUAUCGACACACUGUGCCAUCAUGGCGUCUACCAGUACUCCAAAGAACGUCUUGAUCAUAGGCGGCUCCCUGGCCGGUCUCAUGCACGCCCUAGUACUCCUCUCCCUCCCCAAUUCGCCAGACAAAAUCACAAUUCUCGAGCGAUCUCCAACGAAUCUACUCCACAACCAAGGAGCUGGCAUUGUAGCUGGUCCUGAAGUACAGCAGUUCUUCUCCGAGUAUGUCCGAGCCGGCGGGGAGAUCGCUAUUGCCAGCAAACUCAGGCAUUACCUCAAGAAGGAUGGGACCGUGAUCCCCGAGAGUGUGGAGAGGAGAGAGCAGCGAAUGACGAGUUGGGACUUACUCUAUCACUUGUUACGAUGGAGAGUCGAGGGGUUGAGGAGUGAGUAUGUAAAGGGCUUGAAGGGAGAUGAGAGGCCUAAGGCAGAGUAUGUGAAUGGAUGUACUGUGACCGGGGUUGAGGAUGCAGGAAAGGAUGGUGUGGAAAUUACAUGGCAGCAGAAGGACGCCGGAGAGAGUAGUGAAGUGGUGGAUCUGGUUAUAGCUGCGGAUGGGGCUUCGUCGACGGUACGAAAGUUGCUGAGACCGGAGGUGGAGAGGAAGUAUGCUGGGUAUGUUGCGUGGCGAGGUACUGUUCCUGAACGUCAGCUAUCGGAUGAGGCGAAAGAAGUGUUUGUGGAGAAGUUCACCUUCUAUUAUGGCACCGGCACGCAGACUUUGGGCUAUCUCAUACCUGGCAAAGAUGGGACGAUGGGGCCUGGGCGGCGGCUAUUCAAUUGGGUGUGGUAUGUCAACUACCAAGAAGUCAGCGAGGAGCUGGAAGAACUCAUGACGGACACCAAUGGCAAGCGGCAUGCCAUCACUCUGCCGGUAGGUUUGAUGCAGCCGCAAGUCUGGGAGAAGCAAAAAGCCCACGCUGCGAAGGCGCUACCUCCCCAAUACGCCGAAGCAGUGGCGAAGACGGAGCAGCCGUUCAUCCAAGCCAUCACGGAUGUGAUCAGUCCUGAGAAUAGCUUCUUUGAUGGGAAGGUUCUGCUAGUUGGCGAUGCUUUGGCAGGCUUCAGACCUCAUACUGCUGCCUCUACGGGACAGGCAGCCUUCGAUGCACUGCAGCUUGGUAAGCUGUACGGCGGUGGUAUGACCAAGCAAGAGUACAACUCGGCAGUCUUGGGGUUUGCUGCUAGGUUGCAGAAGGCUGGUGUCGUGAUGGGCGAACGUAGUCAGUUUGGCCAACAUCCGCUGGCGGGUUAG